CAACCAUAGCAGUGUCCUUUCACACGGUCCUCGCUCUCAGUCCUCUCUGAUCUCGGUCAUGGAUUCCGUUCAUGGUGCUCUCUCUCCUAGUCUCCUCCCUCUUUCUCUCUCUGUGGAAAAACCUGCACGCAUACCCACGCACAGAUAUAGACGCGGUGACGCGCAUUCUAGCCUCUCUUCCUUUGCGUUCACGUUAGUUCUUUGCGGUUCGGUGCUUUUCUCCUAUGCUUUCUAAACUUCUCGUCUCCACAUGAGUUUGGGUCAAUUCAAUUCAAUUCUGGCCUCUAUCCACUCUGCCUGCCUUUUGCACGAUUUUACUGUGCUGCUGCUUCGUUUGCCCCAAUUUUGGUUGCAAAACAGGGCAGGGAAGGGCGGCGUAAUCUCUCCGGCGCCGAUCGAGCUUUCAAUUUCCACCGGCAGGGGCUUGAUUUUGGUUUCUCCUCGUUUGGAUUGUUUGUUGUUUGGAUAUUUUUUCAAAAUUUUGGUCUGAUUACAACGGCACAGCUGGAGCGGUUACUCGGGAAGAUGAUGAGAUGUUUCUCGAUAUUUAAAGAUAGGUCGAAGUCCUCCAGGCCGGGGAAAUCGGCGCCGGAAUUGGGGAGCGGAGGCCGGGGCGGCGACGGGGACGGAUCACGCGCCGCGCAGUCGACGGGGUCUAUAUCGUCGUCGACGCGUCGGACGAUACCGGACAUGUACAGAGAGAAGGAGCAGUCGCUUAGGGUUUUCUCCCUGUCGGAGCUCCGCGAGGCCACCAACAAUUUCAACAGGUUGCUCAAGAUUGGGGAAGGCGGUUUCGGUAGCGUGUAUAAAGGCUCCAUCAAGCCUCCCGACGGAAUUGGUGAUCCCACCAUUGUCGCCGUUAAGAAGCUCAACACGCAGGGAGUUCAGGGCCAUAAGCAAUGGAUCGCGGAAGUCCAGUUCCUGGGAGUGCUGGAUCACCCGAAUCUGGUGAAGCUCUUAGGGUACUGUUCGGUGGACGGAGAACGAGGAAUCCAACGCCUGUUGGUUUACGAGUACAUGCACAACAAAAGCUUGGAGGAUCAUCUAUUUAGCAGAGCUGUUGCGCCGAUUCCAUGGAUAACCAGACUGAACAUUAUACUCGGUGCUGCUCAAGGAAUGGCGUAUCUGCACCACGGAUUGGAAGUUCAGGUGAUCUACCGCGAUUUCAAAGCCUCGAAUGUGCUGCUCGACAAGAACUUCAACGCCAAGCUUUCCGACUUCGGGCUUGCGCGAGAAGGCCCGACUGGGGACCAGUCUCAUGUCUCCACGGCGCCUGUGGGGACACGCGGUUAUGCUGCUCCGGAGUAUGUCGAGACGGGGCAUCUGUCGGUCAAGAGCGACAUAUGGAGCUUCGGGAUUGUUCUCUACGAGAUACUGACAGGGAGGAGGACACUCGACAGAAGCCUCCCGCGGGAUGAGCAGAAGCUGAUGGAAUGGGUGAAACAAUUCCCAGCUGACAGCCGGAGAUUUAACAUGAUAAUGGACCCGCGUCUUCAGAAUCAGUAUUCCCUAAGUGCCGCCAGGAAAAUAGCGAAGCUAGCCGACAGAUGCUUGAGCAAAAAUCCAAAAGACCGGCCAGCUAUGAGCGAGGUCGUUGAGAUCUUGAAGCAAUCAACGGAAGAAUCGCAAGGAGCUGGUGGUUCGUCGUCAAGAAUCACAGGCCAGGCCACGGCAGUGGCGGGUGGUCAUAGAAGCCCGAUGAGACAAAUGGAAGCGAGAGGGGGUUCGAGACAGAGUCCCCUCGUCCACACGGCUCGGGCUUAGGAAUGUUGAUUGAUACAUCAUGAAGUGCUCUAUGGUCCUGAAAAUGGAGGUAAAAGUGUAAAAUUCUUGAUUAUUUGAUGAUGAUGAUGCAUUUUGGGAGAGUAAGAAAAAUAUUUUUAGUUAGUGGCAGUGGUUUUGAGACAAUUUUUUUGUGGUUUGGUGUAUUGUUGUUGUAAGUAUGAUUCAGGCUACAUAUUAUUUAUAUCUAGAGAGAGAGAGAGAGAGAGAGAGAGAGGCUAUGGAUUUAAUUUUUAUAGAAAUUUCAGAUUUUUGCA